UAUUUAGCCGGUAAAAUUAAGCCGGUUCCGUCUCUGUCCUUUGUCGGUUUUACCGGAUCCGGUGGCGCUCCGCUGGGGGGACGCGUGUCCUCCGGUUUCCUACGCGGAGCCGCUCCGUUAACAACAGGGAACCCGAAGGUCAAGCUAAAGCUAGCAGCUAGCCCCGCAGCCCUUUCGGUUUGUUCCAGCUGGACUGUUAUGAAAUGAGCGGCGUCGGAGGAGGAAAACAUCCCGCCGGAGUCGCUUUAAAAUCGGUCUGAAUUGUUUGGAGGACUCAAGGGUCCGAGCAGGUCUGAAGAGGAGACCUGAUCCACUUCAGUCUCUCAUAAACUCAUCUAUCACAAGCUCCUCAGACUCCUUCAUCUACUUCUGCUUACUUCCUGUCAGUCACACCAUCCAGCUUCAUCCUGGUGGAGAUCAAAUCACGUGACGUGACGAUGGUUCUGAGAGAAGUUCCAGCUGAGAACAUCACCCGUCCCCUGGGCAGGAACGAGGUCAUCGGCCUGCUCUUCAGACUCACCAUAUUCGGAGCCGUCACCUACUUCACCAUCAAGUGGAUGGUGGACGCCAUCGACCCCACCAGGAAGCAGAAGGUGGAGGCUCAGAAACAGGCGGAGAAGCUGAUGCGUCAGAUCGGCGUGAAGAACGUGAAGCUGUCCGAGUACGAGAUGAGCAUCGCAGCUCACCUGGUGGACCCACUGAGCAUGCAGAUCACCUGGAAGGACAUCGCCGGUCUGGAUGAGGUCAUCACUGAGCUGAAAGAGACGGUGAUCUUACCUGUUCAGAAGAGACACCUGUUCCAGGGGUCCAGACUGCUGCAGCCCCCCAAAGGUGUGCUGCUAUAUGGUCCCCCUGGAUGCGGUAAAACUCUGAUCGCCAAGGCAACAGCAAAAGAGGCGGGGUUUCGUUUCAUCAACCUGCAGCCGAGCACGCUGACGGACAAAUGGUACGGCGAGUCUCAGAAACUGGCUGCCGCCGUCUUCUCAUUGGCUGUCAAGCUGCAGCCGUCAAUCAUCUUCAUAGACGAGAUUGACUCGUUUCUGAGGAGUCGCUCCAGUUCGGACCACGAGGCCACAGCCAUGAUGAAGGCCCAGUUCAUGAGUCUGUGGGAUGGACUGGACACGGACCACCACUGCCAGGUGAUCAUCAUGGGCGCCACUAACCGUCCUCAGGACCUGGACUCUGCCAUCCUGAGGAGGAUGCCCACCAGGUUCCACAUCAACCAGCCGAGCCUGAAGCAGCGGGAACAGAUCCUUGGACUGAUCCUGGAAAACGAGAGUGUGGACCUGUCGGUUGACCUCAGUGAUGUUGCCAAGGAGACGGACGGCUUCUCAGGAAGUGACCUCAGAGAGAUGUGUCGUGAUGCGGCGUUGAUGUGUGUACGAGACUUCGUCCACAGUCAGAACGACAGUGUGAUGGAAGAGUCCAUCCGUCCCAUCCAUCCGACGGACCUGCAGCGGGCCAUCGGUAAGAUGAAGAAGUCCAAGUCAGCCGGAGGACACGCCGCGCUGCUGCACGCCGCUCUGGACUGAACGCACACGCAGAUCACAUGAGCGCCUCGGCUCCAUGUGUGUAAAUACGAGCAUGUGCCAUUACUUCCUGUUUGCUUUUACUCACACCAGCGGAGCACCACGUCCUGAUGGAACUGAAGUUCUGCCAAACACUGGGGGACAACUUUCACCGUUACACCUCUGCUGGGAACAACUUUUAUUUUAACGUUGAGGACGUGAGACGUCUGCGCUUACCCAGAAGCCUCUGCUCCUGUUAACAUGGAGAUGCCUCCAUGCCCAGGUUAAACAGCCUGAUGUAUUGAUGAUGACAGCUGAUGAUGGUGAAAUCUUAUUUGUACAUCCAUCCUUCCACACCGCUUGGUUCCGUCCAGGGAGGCGGAGCCUAUCCAAGCAGGUGAGGUUCACCUGGACAGGUCACCUGUCCGUUGCUGGGCCGACCAGGUCAGGAUCAUUUAUUUAGAAACAAAAAAAGAUUAGUCAAUAACUUUGCUGUGUAAACGGUAAACGGUGAGGUUUCCUGCUGGUUAUUAUUUAUACUUCUGGGCUUGUUGUUUACAUUUUGUUGUAAACAUGUUUAUCUGUUUGUUUUGAAGUGUAAAUAAACAUGUAAACAUGAA